UUUGAUGUUUUGUUUGAGGUUUCUUUGCAAAAGAUUAUGAUUCACAUUUAUCUAAAUGAACUGUUAAUCAUUAUUUAGGCAGUUUUAACGAUUGGCAUUUAUAUAAAUAAUGGAUUCUUCUAGAAGAAAUAACUUUGAAGAUCAGCGGUGCAUCCUAGGACUACAAGAUUUGAAAUUAUCCAACAAAGAUGAGGACGGCACUGAGCAAGCGCACGGGGCUGCAACAUCGAAAACAAACUCUCUCGCUAAGGCUCGGCCUGUGGGAGCGAUCGAAAGCUUCGUUUUGGACAACACCCAGACAAAUAGACAGGAUUAUAGUUUUUACGAACGUUCAAAUGUGAUAGCAGCUUCAAAGUUCGCGACUCCAAAGCGUGUAGAAACGAUAGCGUCGAUCAACAAACGCGAUAUAAACACGGCGGCACUCCCCGCGAGCCCAACACGAUCCAUCGAUAGUAAGUCGCAGAGGUCGCUCAGUUACCAAACUGAGGAUCUGUACGAGAUUCCUGCAAACCCAAAUUCCCAGUUUCCACCUCCGGUGUAUGAAAACAUUGAAUACUACGGUGAACAGCGAUCCCAGCAGCCGCCGUACUUCCACCAGUUGUACCAGGCGGGCGCGCCGCCGCCGCCGCCGCCGCCCGUGUCCGACGGCUACUACGACACGCGCUACAGCAAGGCUCAACCGCAAGUACCUGUCAACGCUAAGCCUAAACAUAACCCUACUGUCUACGAAAAUAUGCUUUGUUCAGAUGGUGAUAAGAAAAACGAAUAUAAACCACUUCAGAAGAAUGAGCAACGUUUUGUGCAGCAAGGAUCAAUGCCAGGGCCACAAGUGCCUAAUACUGCAUCCAACAGAAGCAUUUCACAGUUGUUAAUGAAUGACAAAGGCAUAUCAGAAAAAACUCCUCCACCGCCUCCAUAUAAUUCCUCCCAAGACAGCUCUAGCAGUGAUUAUACAGUUAUGAAAUCAGCUCCACCUAAGUACACAGAUGUCACAGCUCUUCUUAAGAAUGGCAGUGCUUCCAGUUUUGACAGUAAAGUUGUUCCAUCAACUGCUAUUUAUGCCUCAAUAGCCCCAAGUGCUCAAAGGCCUAAGGCUUAUUCUGCUACUGAAGUUCAACAAAACCCCAAGUUUUAUCACUCAAAGCCUAAUCCAGGAAUUGACAAGCCACCAGCUAUAAAUGGUGGAUUUGCAAAGCCACCACCAGUUAAUCGGAUGCAGAUAGUGGAUGAUGCCAAUGCUUCAGACUAUGUGUGCAUGAGUGGAGGUUCCCCUGCUACAACAGUUCCCACAACAAGAGAUAACAUGUCAUCUGGCUCGGAAUCUCUAGGAUCUCGGAACUUGGUGUCAGGUCUGCCAUCUUUGUGCUCACCGGCAGCAUCACCAGCACCAAGUCCAACACCGAGUUCAGUAUCAGGUGUGUCUGGUGUGUCGGGUGGCUCACGCGGUUCAGGUGGACGCGGAAAGAGUUUGCUGCCAUAUAGCAUCACACCACCUCGCCCUGCUGGGCCCAGUGAGGCGCAACGCAAGAUUGAGGAGCUCACAAGACAGCUUGAAGAAGAAAUGGAAAGGCAAGAUGAGGAAGGAGAAUACUUUGGCAUCUGCCACACAUGUGGCACUGGUGUGACGGGCGCCGGACAGGCGUGCCAAGCCAUGGGCAACCUGUACCACACCAACUGUUUCAUCUGCUGCUCGUGCGGACGCGCGCUGCGCGGGAAAGACUUCUACAACGUGCAUGGCAAGGUGUACUGUGAGGAGGACUACUUGUAUUCUGGAUUCCAACAGACUGCAGAAAAAUGUGCAAUAUGCGGCCACUUGAUCAUGGAAUUGAUCCUGCAAGCAAUGGGCAAGUCAUACCACCCGGGCUGUUUCCGCUGCUGCGUCUGCAACGAGUGUCUCGACGGCGUGCCCUUCACCGUGGACGUGGACAACAAGAUCUACUGCGUCAACGACUACCACCGCAUGUUCGCACCCAAGUGCGCCAGCUGCGGGAAAGGCAUAACCCCAGUGGAGGGCACGGACGAGACGGUGCGCGUGGUGUCCAUGGACCGCGACUUCCACGUGGACUGCUACAUGUGCUGCGUGUGCGGCAUGCAGCUCACCGACGAGCCCGACAAGCGAUGCUAUCCGCUCGCCGGCAAGCUGAUGUGCCGCUCGUGCCACCUCGCCACCAUCGGCGCCGCCUCGGGCCCCGGCCAGCCGCCCGCGCCGCACCUGUCGCCCGCCUCCUACCAGUACAUGGGAUAAACACACAGCGAUGGAAAACACACGAGGGCUCUAAAGCAUGUCUCUAUCUCACAAAAAGCGGAAUACUUUUGAGCACUGGGCGCGACUGCAAAACUGUAACAUGUGGGCUCAAAUUUCAACUUACAAAUACCUAAUGGAGCCGAGUGGCGUUACUGUCACGUACCCAGAUAAUAGUUUCUACAGCCAUCAAAAAACUGUCCGACAGACCUUGGCGCAACGUGUAACGAUUCUAGAUAGCCGGAUGUUAACUUUCCCCUUAUAUUAGUUAUCACGUAUACUCUGGCACACCCAGUUUGUCAGUGGAAAAAGGCGCGAAAUUAAAAUGUUCCAUGGGAGGACAACCCUUCGUACCGACAUUUUUUAACUUUGCCGCCUUUUUCCACUGACAAACUGGGUGUGCCAGACUAUAUGUCCCAUGUUUUUAUUUGAUGGUGUGCUACAUGCUAUAAGUAGUUCCUUCCACAACGAUUUAUCGUAAUGUCCAAACCGAAGCUGAUCUGUCUGCAUGCCUUGACAAACAUAUACCUAUCUGGAACCAUUCCAGUAGAUAUAAACGUCGUUGACGUCAAUUGGAUUGGAUAUAUAACUGGACAUUGCGGUUCAUUCGAAGUUAUUCGGUAAUUCUAUACAAACGUUUUUAUACCUGCAUUAGAAUACCUACCUACAAAUAAUCAUAUCGGGAUUCAUGAAAAGAAGAUUAGAUAGACUCUAACUAUAAUGCAUAAUGGCUAAAACUUGUUGUCUAUUGCCUUUGUUAAGUUUUUAGAUCUUAGUUGCUGUAUGUUCAUAUGAAAUUUUAGGGUUUACUGUAAGUAAAGAAAAUAUAUCAAUAUCCAGUUCUGAGCCGUAAGCGAUCAAAACAAUGUUUGAUGCUAAUUUAAGACUAAUAUGCGCAGCUUGGUAAUAUUUGUAUGCAUUUGUUUAUAAUCUGGCAGUUGGCCAUGAAGAAUGUUUUUUACAAAAGUAUUCAUAAGUAGUACAGUUUUUAUAUUAUUAUGCUCUCUCUGCUGUAAAAAGUAACGAAAGACUCGAUGUAUAUGAUACAUUAUACCUAUUAAAAGGCUCAAAUAAUAAUUACGGCAUAUGUUCCACUUGAUAUUGAAUUGAUUUAUAUUAGUACAUAGGCUUAAGUUAAUGGUGAUAAAAAUGUUGACAGAAACGAAGUAUUAGAUGUUCAUAUAUACAAAACGCGAUUUAACUCAAUAAAUAUUACGAAAAUGUAAUGCAGUCUGUUAUAAUUAUAAGUCAGCAAAUAGGCUAAUCUAUUCCAUAUUUCAUAUGUAAGUAUAUGUAAUUGUAUGUGAUUAGUUGGAGCAACAGUGGCACAAGCCUGUUAUAGAUGUGAUAUCCAAUAGAUUUACUGCUCUGAUUCUUUUGAGUAGAUAUGUCUCUACUACACUGCGAACGACAAGUGAAUUGCUGUUGUACACUAAAAUUGACUAUUAUCAUGCCAUUCAUAUUUAUAUUUUAAAGUCUUAAUUCUUUAUGCAAUAUAAUGACUUGAUGACACAGAUUGCUAAUGGUUAACAAUGCCAUUCAAUGGAAAAGUGCCACGAACGUUGCUAUGCAUUUAUUACGUUUUAAAUAAAACGCCAUAUGACAGCACACCUGGUGAUGAACUCCGGUCUGUGGCAAUGAAAUUAAAUGGUAAAUUCAAUGUCAUCUCCAUACAUUCAUGAUGGCGCUCCUAUACAUUCCAGUUCCGUGCUGUCUUGUUGUGUACUUAAUUUUAGAUUGUUUUAUAAUCUGUACAUAUUGCUGAGGAAAAAUGUGAUUAUUUAGCCCUUUUACACAAAAUAAAGAUGGUUUGUUAAGGCAUAA